AUGACACCACCAUCUCUCUCUCUCGCUUUCCCCAUCUCUCCUGUCUUUCCUCUGUAUCUGUCUGCUUCCUCUGCAAAAGAAAUGAAGAUCAUCACGAAAUCGAAGCUCCUGAGAACAUGCCUGAGCAAGUUGAAGAAGACUGAGUUUCGAGGGCCGAUUACUUCUUCUGCGUCUUCUUCUUCCUCCUUGGCCAGUGAGAGUUGCUGUGGAUGGGCAUUCUUGCCGACGAGCCUCCAAGAGGAGAGCAUCAUUCCUAGAGAUGUACCCAGAGGGCACUUAGCAGUCUACGUGGGGGAGAACUACAGAAGGUUUGUGAUUGAGGUCACCCUGCUCGAUCACCCGCUCUUCCAGGCUCUGCUGGACCUGGCUCGGGACGAGUACGGGUUCACUGCCAGCUCAAAGCUCUGCAUUCCCUGCGAUGAGACCAUGUUCAUUGAGGUUGUCCGCUGCGCCGGGUCCCCGCAGGACAGGAGGGUCUUCCUCUGUCGUUGA